UCGGGCCGGGUGGGAGUUCUGAUUGGCCGCGGGCCGCCCUCCUGAAAGCCCCGCGGGGCUCGCGUAGGCUGCGCGUUUAGGGGGAGGGGCGCGGCAUCGCGUCGGGAGUCGCAGCUGUCCCAGUCCGCCCGCCCGCCCGCUGGUCCCUCCUGCAGCCCUCCUGCUGGGCAGGGCCAGCCCUGCCCGGCCAUGGAGUCCUACGACAUCAUCGCCAACCAGCCCGUGGUCAUCGACAACGGUUCAGGAGUGAUCAAGGCCGGCUUCGCUGGAGAUCAGAUUCCCAAAUACUGUUUCCCAAACUAUGUUGGGCGGCCAAAGCACAUGCGGGUGAUGGCUGGAGCCCUGGAGGGAGACCUCUUCAUCGGACCAAAAGCAGAGGAGCACCGGGGGCUGCUGGCCAUCCGCUACCCCAUGGAGCAUGGCGUGGUGCGGGACUGGAAUGACAUGGAGCGCAUCUGGCAGUACGUCUACUCCAAGGACCAGCUGCAGACCUUCUCUGAGGAGCACCCUGUUCUUCUAACGGAGGCCCCACUCAACCCCAGUAAGAACCGGGAGAAGGCGGCGGAGGUGUUCUUUGAGACCUUCAAUGUGCCGGCCCUGUUUAUCUCCAUGCAGGCCGUGCUCAGCCUGUACGCAACAGGACGCACGACAGGAGUGGUUUUGGACUCUGGGGACGGGGUCACCCAUGCUGUCCCCAUCUAUGAGGGCUUUGCCAUGCCUCACUCCAUCAUGCGGGUGGACAUUGCUGGCCGUGACGUUUCCCGCUAUCUCCGGCUGCUUCUGCGCAAGGAAGGAGCCGACUUUCAUACCUCAGCUGAGUUUGAGGUUGUCCGGACUAUCAAAGAGCGUGCCUGCUACCUGUCCAUCAACCCCCAGAAGGACGAGGCUCUGGAGACAGAGAAGGUGCAGUACACCUUGCCGGAUGGCAGCACACUGGAUGUGGGGCCCGCACGCUUCCGGGCCCCCGAGCUGCUGUUCCAGCCRGACCUGGUGGGGGAUGAGAGUGAGGGGCUCCACGAGGUGCUGGCCUUCGCCAUCCACAAGUCGGACAUGGACCUUCGCCGGACACUGUUCGCCAACAUCGUGCUCUCGGGAGGCUCAACACUCUUCAAAGGCUUUGGUGACCGAUUACUGAGUGAAGUGAAGAAGCUUGCCCCGAAGGACGUAAAAAUCAAGAUCUCGGCCCCUCAGGAACGGCUAUACUCAACGUGGAUUGGGGGCUCCAUCCUGGCCUCACUGGACACUUUUAAGAAGAUGUGGGUGUCCAAAAAGGAGUACGAAGAGGACGGCUCCCGUGCUAUCCAUCGMAAAACCUUCUGAUGCCCCAGGAGGGCGGGGCGUGUGGAAGAACUGGAGGAGAACGGGAGGGGAGCCAGAGCCCUGGACUCUUUUGGUCUGGGCUCACGUUCUAGGCUUAGGGUCCCCUGCAUGCCCUGAACCCCGAGGCAGGGGGGCAGCGUCGCCUCCUGCAGCCUUCCCUACACCCACAAUAACAUUUAGCUGCAUGGUGGGAGUCUCGGGCUGCAACAGAGCAGCUGAGGAGCCAGCACUGGGUGGUUCUGGGUGCCCCCCUUGCUGGGGCCAUUUAGGCCUGAGGUUCCUUGCUCUGACUCUUGCCGCUGCUUCCC